UGGUCGUAGGUCUCAACCCCGCUUUGGAAUAGAAUUUCCGCCAUUGGAGUCAGGUUGACUCGGACACUGCAUCCUCCAGCAUCAGCAACCCAGCAACCAGGAGAUUCUGGCACUUUCAGCCGCGCUGGGUGAAGGGGUCCUGGAGCUAAUCACUCGGGGACACUGAGGGACAACUGUGCUGUGUCCUAUGAGACAGAAUCAUUCUGAGGUUUGUCUCCCACUUGGCCCUGACUUGGGGAUCUUUAAAGGACAGGACGUUUUCUGUGUGUGUCCCUGCUCUGCUUGUGCCUACAAUAGCAACAGGACUUCCUAAUUAUUUGCAGAAAGACUCAAAGACUAAGCCAGACCUGAAAUAAACUUCCAGUGCCCACAGUACACAAAAUAAAAACAGGACUCCAUGUACCCUGUAUAGAGAGGAAUGGAGAUUGCCUCUGGCCACUUCAGUUGCUAAGCUGUCCUGCGGUGGUUCUGGCACAGGGAAGGGAGUGUUGAGGCCCAUCUGCCCGUCAGCAUCACAGCAUGGCAGCCAUUGAUCUGUCCCAUGACUUUGUUUCUCGAGAGCCAGUCUGCUUUUAUGAAGAAGAGACAGAUGUAGAAAGGAUGGUGGUUGACUGCCAGGCAAACUGUUACCAGGAUUCAGUGACCUUCAACGAUGUGGCUGUGGAGUUCACCCCAGAGGAGUGGACUUUGCUGGACACAACUCAGAGAAACCUCUACAGAGAAGUGAUGGUGGAGAACUAUGAGAACUUGGCUGCAGUGGGAUAUCAAGUCUACAUACCUAGUCUGAUCCCCUGGUUAAAACAAGAAGAAUUUGGGACAGUAGAAAAUGGAGUUCUUCAAUCUUCAGAAUUGGAACUACAACCUAGUAUCUAUGGGUCAGAGCCUCAGAAUUAUUUUAGGAUGCAAACUUCCAGUGAAAUACAAAUGGUAAGAGGCUACAACGGAGGGGGACCAUGUGACUAUAAGCCAUGUGAAGAAGUCUUGAGUGGACAGUUAUGCCUUAACACACCCAUGGAAAUGGAGAAUCAGAGAUACACUUCUGAGUGUAAUUGGUAUGGAAAAGACAUUCUUACUUUGCUCAAGGAAACCUCUUCUGGACAGAACUUGCCUGAGUUUAAUCAGUGUGAAAAUAUCUUCAGCCUGACUCCGAAUAUUGCAUGCCAGAGAACUCAUGCGAGCGAGAAACCCUUUGAAUGCACAGACUGUGGGGAGGCAUUUUUCAAUCAGUCAUACCUCCCAGCAGAUAUGAGGACUCACAACACAGGAGAACCCUACGAAUGGAAUAAAUAUGGGAACGAAUUCAUUCACUCCACAAGCCUUGCUAUGCAUCUGCCCAUUCUCAAUGCAACAAACCCUUACAAAUACGAGGAGUAUGAAAAGGGCUUUCAGUAUUUUGCAUGCCUUAAUAAUCCCAUGGGAAUCUGCACUGGAGAAAAACUCUGUGAUUGCAAGGAAUGCUGGCGAGCCUUCACGGUUUCCUCCCACCUAACUCAGUAUGUAACAAUCCACACAGAGGAGAAAUCCAAAAUAUGUAAGGAAUGUGGGAAGUCAUUUGCUAAUUUUUCUCGGCUUUCUGCACAUAUAAAAACUCAUAGUCGAGAAAAGCCUUUUGUAUGUAAGGAGUGUGGGAAGUCCUUUAAAAAUAUCUCCUACCUUAAUGAUCAUGUUCGAAUUCACACUGGAAUAAAAUCCUACAAAUGUAUGGAAUGUGGGAAAGCUUUCCUUCGGUGGUCAGGCCUUACUGAACACAUCCGAGUUCACACUGGAGAGAAACCUUACGAAUGUAAGGAAUGUGGAAAAACCUUUUCUAGAUCUACUCAGCUCACGGAACACAUAAGAACUCACACUGGAAUCAAACCCUAUGAAUGUAAGGAAUGUGGGAAAGCCUUCACUCAGUACUCAGGCCUUGCUACCCAUGUACGAAUUCAUAGUGGAGAGAAACCCUUUGAAUGUAAGGAGUGCGGGAAGGCCUUCACCAGGACCUCGGGCCUGAUUCACCAUGUGAGAACUCACACAGGAGAAAAGCCUUUUGAAUGUGUCCACUGUGGGAAAACCUUCAUUACUUCCUCCCAUCGCACUAAACAUUUGAAAAUUCACAGUGGAGAGAAGCCCUUUGUGUGUAAUAUAUGUGGGAAAGCAUUUAUAUAUUCCACGUCUCUUAACAUUCACAUGCGAACCCAUACUGGAGAGAAACCCUACAUCUGUAAGGAGUGUGGCAAAGCCUUCGCUGUUUACUCACGCCUUAGGAAACAUGCAAGGGUCCACACUGGGGAGAAGCCCUAUGAAUGUCAGGGUAUGGGUGUAGCUAUUUAAAUCAUCAGUUACCACCUUGUGAAAUGUUGACAGUGACACCAAAGAUCAUCAGAUUAGUCUUAACUGCCUUGUGUGGGUCAGACUGCCCUUAGAGUCCAUCCUGAUACAUACAUAGAUCCUUCUGGAACUUUUUUUGGGUUUUUUUGGUAGUGCUGGGGAUAAAACCCAGGGCCUCACACAUGCUAGGCAAGUGCUCUACCACUGAGCUACAUUCCUGGCUCCUCCUUGAAACCUGUUUACACUUAUCUGAGUCUUGAGUACUUGGGGGUCAUAGGUGAAGUCAGUACUAUAAGCACUGGUGCUUAGGCUCUUAGUGAAUGUAGCGUUACUCAGUGCUGAUCAGAUAAGCGAAGCAGAUUUGGUCCUAACCUUUGUUGGUUAGUGGCUGCCAGUGUGGCCUAUUGUGUGAAAGUUCACCAGAAGCCAAGAUGACAUGGGACACAAGGACUGUUGAAAGAGACUCCUCCAGGCAUCUCUGACUACAUUGAUCCUGCUGAGCAUGCCAAGGAAACUGUCCACCCGUCCUUAAUAGCUAGUCCAAAUUUUCAACCAGUUAUCCCUGUGUCCUUCUUAUAAAACUCAAGAAUUACAUUCUGUCCCACCUUCUGAGCCCAUUUUGGAUCUAAGUGGCUAUGUCUCUACUGGUCCAAUCCAGUCUCUAUUUCUCCUUCUGUUGAGACUGCUUAGGCAGUCCAUGGGAUUCCUGCCCUGACUGCUUUACCACAUUGUGGUUCAGCCACAAUUUCCUCCUCUUCUUUACUACAGGUCUCUCAGUUUUUGCAAUACUGAUAGGGGAACUUUACAACCGUCCAAGUUCUGGUUCUUUUUGCUUAACAGUUCCUUCUGCAACACUUUAAUGACAAAUCUCAGAUAAGUUCCCAAUUUUAUAAUUUCCAACUACUUCUGCAAAAUGCUAGAAUACAGUUCUGCCAAGUUCUUUCUACCACUGCAUAUCAAGGAUUGCCUUUUCUCCAUUUUCCAGUAACUUGCUUCUCAUUCCCAAGUGAGACCUCACCAGAGUAGUCCCCACCCAUUACUCAGUUUCCAAUCUGCUUGCACAUUUUGGGGUAAUUUUCAUUGCAGUACCCCAAUACCAAGUCUGUGAUAUUGAGCUUAUGCUGCUGUGACAAAAUACCACAGACCAAGUGGCUUAAAAAUUCAUUUUAUUUUGAUAUAUAAAAUUUAAGGCUGAGAGGUUAGCUCAGUAGUACAGAGCUUGCCUAGUAUUUGCAAGUACAGCAAAAUAAAUAAAAAUUUAAAAAGUAAAAUAUGCAGAACUUUAUAUUCUCACUUUCUGGAGGCUGGAAGUCUGAGAUGAGGAAUACCACGUGGUUGACUUC